UCCCCCUCUCCCUCCCUCUCUCUCUGCGGCGGCCGCUCAUCACACAGUCAGGACCACAGGACCGAGCCGAGCCGGGACAUCUAUCGAAUAAAGGCACCAUGACAGAAACGAGUAAAACCCACGUCAUCCUGUUGUCCUGCGGGAGCUUCAACCCCAUCACUAAAGGACACGUCCAUAUGUUCGAAAAAGCCCGAGAGUAUCUGCACAAAACAGGACGCUUCAUCGUGAUCGGAGGCAUCAUCUCACCAGUGCACGACUCCUACGUGAAACCUGGCCUGGUGUCCAGCAAACAUCGUCUCACCAUGUGUCAGCUGGCGGUUCAGUCGUCUGACUGGAUCAGGGUGGACCCCUGGGAGUGUUACCAGGACACCUGGCAGACCACCUGCAGCGUGCUGGAGCAUCACCGUGACCUCAUGAAGAGAGUCACCGGCUGUAUUCUGUCCAACGUCAACACACCAUCCACCACUCCUGUGAUUGGUCAGCCACAGAACCAGACUCCGCCCAUCUACCAGAACCACAACAGUAUGAAUCACAAACCCAAUGCCAGUGAGUUGUCAAUCAUUCAUGGUCCCGCCCACAAGAUCUCUGACUUCAGUUCACACAAAAAUUUUUAUUUUUCUAUAGAAAUUAAUUGAAAGUUACUUUACUGUCGUUUGAUUGGACGAUUCUUCUUCUCACAUUUAAUGAUGAGCAAACAGCUCUUUGGUGCAAUACUGCCACCUUGUGGUGUGAGGCUCCAGGUUCAUUGUUCACUAUUUAUAAGUGAUGAAGAUGAUGAUGGUGAUGAUGAUGAUGGUGAUGAUGAUGGUGAUGAUGAUGGUGAAGGUGAUGGU